GGACAGAACAAACUCAUGGAUGAGUUGAGGCCGAAUCUAGGACUCCUCGGAGUUGGACUCGUUGAUAAUGACACGUUUCAUCUCAAUCACAAUCAGGAGAAGAGAAAGUGCAGUAGUACUAGCUCGAAUGAACAGGAUUUUGGACUUUAUGGGGUGCAUCAGGGGCUUGAGGCUAGUCCACCAACACCAGCUGCUACGCCAGGGAGGAAUAGCGUUGGAAAUGCUACCUCUGUUGGCGCCGAGGGGGCAUUUAAAAAAUUGAAACCCGAACCCUGCGCCUCCAGUCCACACAUCGGCCACACACCAACCACAGCCAGCUGUCCGACGCCCGCACGACGGCGGCACAGGACCACAUUUACACAGGAGCAGCUGGCGGAAUUGGAAUCGGCGUUCGCAAAAUCCCAUUAUCCGGACAUAUACUGCAGAGAGGAAUUAGCGAGGAGCACGAAAUUGAACGAGGCCAGAAUCCAGGUAUGGUUUCAAAAUAGAAGAGCAAAAUACAGAAAACAGGAGAAACAAUUACAAAAGGCGUUGGCACCAAUACCAGCCUGUCAAGGAGCAAUGAUGAGGAAUAUUUACCCAGGAGCUGGAAGGGGAUAUCAGCCUUACGCACAUCCGCACAACAGCAUAAACGGCAUCAACCGCUAUCCCCAGAUGGGAGCGACGUCAUAUCCAAGUAUGCCUCAGCCUUUCUCGAUGUCCCACUCAGCGUCAAACAUGUCGGCAGUCACCGGAAUGCGGCAAGAUGCGAUGGGAAUGUCAGCAGAAGACGAGUGGUACAACAAAAGCAUCUCAGCCUUGAGAAUGAACACGGCGCAUCAUCCAAACCUAGCUGCCCCAAUGCUCCAGUAUCAAACAUAACUUUAAAUUUUUCGAGAUGUUUAGAGACAUCCGAAAAAUAAGGGACUUGUUGAUUCGUUCCCGAAACUUGACCCACAAUUUUUCAUUUUUUUCUAGUCAAACUUGGUAACUGAUCUAGUCUCAUUCCAUUAUUCAUGAAUAAUUAAUUCAA